AGUGUGACUUCCCAUUUGAGCUGUACAGUGUGUGUAUGAGUGUGUGCUCUCCAUGUAUCCUGCUCUUAGUAACUGACUCUCUGCAGUGGGCUGCUGUCAUGGACUCCAACACGACUUCCACAACAACAUACCUUGUAGUGCGUCUCUAAUGUGCUCCUGCUGGACGGAUCUGGGACGAAGAGGACGACGGAGAGAGAGAGAGAGAGAGGAGAGGAGCAGCUAGAGGACUUCUCUGUGGAGACAACAGGAUCAGGAGCAGCCGGACACCAGAGCUGUUUUUAGGAUCCCGGUUGGGGCUCUGUACCCUGCUGGCUUUAAAGUGCUAAACCGAGAAGUUGCAUCACCAUGGAAACAGCCAUCAGCAGCCCUGGCACGCACAACCAGUCGACGGUGUUCAUCACAAUCUUCAAUUCUAGCUGUCGCUUUGAUGAGGAGUUCAAAUACAUCCUGCUACCUGUGUCCUACAGUCUGGUGUUCGUGGUCGGGUUUGUGCUCAACGCCAUGGCGUUGUGGUUGUUCCUGAAGAUGCGUCCGUGGAACACCAGCACGGUGUUCAUGUUCCACCUCGCCCUGUCUGACUUCCUGUACGUCCUCUCCCUGCCCACCCUCAUCUACUACUACGCCAACCGCAGCCACUGGCCCUUUGGAGUGGCCACCUGCAAAAUAGUGCGCUUCCUCUUCUAUGCCAACCUCUACUGCAGCAUUCUCUUCCUCACCGUCAUCAGUGUGCACCGUUACCUGGGCAUCUGCCACCCGAUCAAGGCGAUGACCAUGGUGAAGCCCCGCCAUGCCCACCUGGUGUGCGGCAUGGUGUGGGGCGUGGUGAGCGUGUGCCUGGUGCCCAACCUCAUCUUCGUCACAACCUCCAGGAGGGACAAUGACACCCUGUGCCACGACACCACCAGCCAGGAUGCCUUCGAGGAGUACGUGGACUACAGCUCCGUCGUCAUGGUGCUCCUGUUUUGCGUCCCAUUCCUGGUCAUUGUGGUGUGUUAUUGCCUGAUGGCGCGGGCCCUGUGCCGACCCAGACGGGGAGUAUCUGCCAGCCAGCAUGGCGCCGCCUCACGCCAGAAGUCCGUCAAGCUCAUCAUCGUGGUGUUGGUGGUGUUCGCCCUGAGCUUCGUCCCAUUUCACAUCACACGGACGCUCUACUACACCGCUCGUGUUUUAGAGCUUAACUGUGAAGUCCUCAACAUUGUCAACUUUACUUACAAGAUCACCAGGCCGCUGGCGAGCAUCAACAGCUGUAUUGACCCAAUUUUGUAUUUCCUGGCCGGGGAUCACAUCCGGUCCAAAAUGAUGUCUGUUCUGACGGGAAAGAGACAGACGACAAGCAGCCAAAGACCUGAACAGGCACAAACACAGCCGAACGAUAACCACGGCAUUGCUCUGGUCUAUAAGAACCCAACACUUAAAACCAGUGAAGAUUUUGAGAGAUAGUAGUGGGAAAUCUGUUGCAGAAAUCUGAAGUAUUAAACACGUAUUGAAGAUUAAAGAAGAACAUUUCUAAUGUCACAUGCAGCAGCAUGUGUUUCCUUUCUUUUGCACUGAGAGGUUUGGUAGAUCAGUGGUUCCCAACCUGGGGUCCAGCCCCCCUUUAGAGGGGGCACCAAAGAUCACAGGGGUGCGCCAGGAUUUGUCUGCUCUGAGGUUGUCAAAAUUAUAUUUGCACAUGUAUAAUUAAAAUCAUAACACACUUACUGGUUAAUUUAUACAAAAGUCUGUAUUUAUAUUUUUAAAAAGAUGCUUCAAUCCAUAUUUGUCGGCGUUUAGCCUUUCAAAAACAACAUUUUCACCGCAGUCAAAAACCUAUUUGCUCUCCCGCUUGCUACACACAAAGGGAGGCACGUGCACCUGUAUUAACUGGGUGGUCUAGCAGCAGCCUAAUCACACCAUAAAUUACAUUAACCACAACAACAAAAAAUCUAUUUCAACUUUAACAAUAUCAUAGUAAAUUAAUGAAAUUGUUACAGAAAAAGAUCAUAAUCUGCAUUCACUUGGCGAAUCCGUCAAGAUGUCAUCACUUUAUUUAUGUUGACGGAACUGAAGAAUUAUAUUCAUUUAAUAAAGUUGAUUUAAUAAAAAAAGACUUAACUCAAUACAAUAAUACACUAAAUCCCCUUAUUCAAAUUAAGAGUUUUUUGUUCGAGGAUUUGUCAUUUUUUUAAGGGUGAUGACGUCGGAAAAUAUAGGAGGGCUCAACUUUUCUUAGAUAUAUGUAGGGGGGGGGGGGGCUUCAAGGAAAAUAAGUUGGGAACCACUGUGGUAGAGAAUCAAUUCACUGUACUUACAGUAUAUGUCUUCACUACAUUAAACUUCUAUAAUGUCUGUGAUUAACAGGUUUUAAUUCCUCUCACUCUCUUGAGGUUUCUGUGUUUGCAAGAUGAAGUUAAAGUGGGAAAGAGUCUGUAUCCUUUCCUCAGUGUACAGUCUCCUACCACACAAAGGGAUCAUUACACCAAACUCAAGUUAUAAUGUACAGUAUUUAAGCUGCCGUACACUUUUUUGCCUAUGCAGAAGUAAAGUUUUACUUAUGGGAACAGAAACUGAAACACAUGGGUUAAAGAGUUUGACACCGGCAGUCACAGGGGCAUUUUAGACCACAUUUGGAUAGUCUGUAAUUAUACAUAUUUAUAUGGAAAUAUGUGUGUAUCUGGUAUUGUAUUAUAUCCUUUGUCCUUUUUAUGUCUGCCUAGUAAAGCACUUUGUAAUAGCUCGUUUUGAUCAGUGCUCUAUAAAUAACCUUUAUUAUUAUUAUUUGUGUUAUCAACCACACAAGAUGUGUUUGUUAACAGAUUAAACCUUCACUGGACAACAUGAGACUAAUAGCCUACAAUUUAGCGUUAAAUAUUACAAUUACACAGAAAAUUAGUAUUUUCUACAAAACUUGGUUUUUGUUGUCAAAACUGAGAGCCAUUCAGCUCUUUGAUCAAGUGACAGCCAGGCGUUUCCCAUCAUGCCUUGGGUAGCUGCGGCUUCCUCGAUCUCGGGAGGUUAUUGUUGCCCGUGUGUGUGUGAUGUCAGAGCAAGUUGGACACAAAUCUAACCGGCGUGCAUUGCGCGGCGAUCGCUGGUGAUUGAUUCUGCACAGGCCUGGCUCAUCUCGAACAAGCGUAUUAUAUCGGCCACAGCUUGAGAACGGCCUUUGCAAAAGGUGCGACAUAUUUUUCUCACAAGCCAAUCAGAGCAGACUGGACUUUUUCAAGAGGGGGGCUUAAAGAGACAGGAGCUAAAACAGAGCGUUUCAGACAGAGGGUGAAUACAGGUAUAUUCAGACAGGCAGUAAGAGAAAAAUAAUGUGUUUUUUGAACAUUAAAGCAGGUAAACAUGUUCUAAUAGAAACCCCAAAUACAAGUAUAAAGCUGGAAACAAGCAUGAUAUGUCCCCUUUAAAGUUCAUAUCUGACCAAAUAUGACAGAUAGUCUGGCUAUUGUCUCAUAAUGAGACAAUUAUUAGGCAAUCCUUCCUGUUGUAUCAACAAUGUCUGCCAGUGCAGCUCCUGAUCCCAGCUGUUUUUGUCCUUCAACGUUCACAGCUGUCUUUCGCUCAACCGAGGAGAAAAGCAAAGAGACUGCUCUGGACGAGACAUAUCUUUUCAAACCACCCACUCCUCAUUAGAGGGAUAAGGGAUUUUCCUUUUUACCCUUUUACCUUUGGGAUUGAUACAUGGAAUUUAAAGCUCUUUUUUUCUAACAAUAAUUUAGGUUGAUGGUUUUGCAGGAUGUGAAAGCAGUGUUGGAAAGUUUUACAGAGUAUCUGUUCCUCCACCCUUGUUUUUAAUGUGGAUGUAUGAACCAAUGCUGGGGCAGAUGUGUUCACAGUAGUUCUGUUUUUCACACGGUUCUCAUGAUAUUACUGUACAUAUGACCACUAUCUUUGAAGAUGAUUUUGUAAUUACAGUUUGUAACAUAAAGUGUUGCAUCCGGAGGAACUGGUGUUUACUGUAUGUCACGUAUCAUGUGCUGAUUAUGCAAUCAUUAUUUCUUGUCUGGUCAGAGUGGACUUUUGAAAACAUUGCUGAAAAUGUGACCUGAAUAGAAAGGUUGUUUGGGAA